AUGGCGAAGUUCAACACCAAGGGAGCAACCGAGAGACGCUCUCCUAACGACCUUAACAAGGACAUCAAUAAAAGCUGGCUUGACCAGCAUCUACAGCAGCCACAAACUCAGGGCAGCAGCCAGUUAAAAACUCAGGGCAGCAGCCAGUUACAACAACCACUACGUCCACAGUACCAGGGCAGCAGCCAGCCAGUGCAUUCAGAGGAGCUUCAACAUCAAAGCAACCAGCAGCCACAACAGCCACUGCAUCCACAGCACCAGGGGAGCCAGAAACCACAUCCACGACAACCAGGGCAGGGCAGCCAGCAGUCGCAACAGCCGCUACAUUCACAGCGGCCCCAACAUCAAGGCAGCCAGAAACCACAACAUCCACAACAGCCAAGGCAGCUACAACAUCCACGCAGCCACAACAUCCACGGCAGCCACAACAUCCACGGCAGCCACAACAUCCACGGCAGCCACAACAUCCACGGCAGCCACAACAACCACUACAGCCACAGCAACCCCAACGCCGAGGCAGGCAGCAGUCACAGCAGGGCGGCAACCAGCAGCCACAACAACCACUACAGUCACAGCAGCCCCAGCUACAGAGCAGCCAACAGUCACAGCGCCAGGGCGGCCAGAAACUACAACAUCCACGACAGCCCCAAGGCAGCCAGCAGGUGCGACGUCCAGAGCAGUCACGGCACCUAG